UAUGUGAAGGAGGGGGUUACGUUUUAUAUAUGUGCGACAUUAAUCCUUCUAUGCAUACGUACAGAUGAACAUAACAUAAAAAAAUGUUCCUGGCAAACUGGACAUCUGUAAAAGUAUUUUUCUUCCUGGGAUUUUCGCACUACCCUAAAGUUCAGGUCAUCAUAUUUGCGGUGUGCUUGCUGAUGUACCUCAUCACCUUACUGGGCAAUGUUAUUCUGAUUUCCAUCACCAUCCUAGAUUCCCACCUGCACACCCCUAUGUACCUCUUCCUCAGCAAUCUCUCCUUUCUGGACAUCUGGUACACCUCUUCUGCGCUCACUCCAAUGCUGGCAAACUUUGUUUCAGGGAGAAACACUAUUUCAUUCUCAGGAUGUGCCACUCAGAUGUACCUCUCCCUUGCCAUGGGCUCCACUGAGUGUGUACUCCUGUCCAUGAUGGCAUAUGACCGGUAUGUGGCCAUCUGCAACCCCCUGAGAUACCCUGUCAUCAUGAAUAGGAGAACCUGUGUGCAGAUGGCAGCUGGCUCCUGGAUGACAGGCUGUCUCACUGCCCUGGUGGAAACGAUGUCUGUGCUGCCACUGUCUCUCUGUGGUAAUCGUAUCAUCAAUCAUUUCACUUGUGAAAUUCUGGCUGUAUUGAAAUUGGUUUGUGUGGACACCUCCCUGGUGCAGUUAAUCAUGCUGGUGAUCAGUGUACUUCUUCUCCCCCUGCCAAUGCUACUCAUUUGUAUCUCUUAUGCAUUUAUCCUCACCAGUAUCCUGAGAAUCAGCUCAGUGGAAGGCCGAAGUAAAGCCUUUUCAACGUGCACAGCCCACCUGAUGGUGGUAGUUUUGUUCUAUGGUACAGCUCUCUCCAUGUACCUGAAGCCCUCUACUGUAGAUUCACAGGAAAUAGAUAAAUUUAUGGCUUUGGUAUAUGCUGGACUAACCCCCAUGUUGAAUCCUAUCAUCUAUAGUCUACGGAACAAAGAGGUGAAAGUGGCCUUGAAAAAAUUGCUGAUUAGAAAUCCUUUUAAUACCGCCUGCAUUCCCAUCCUCAAAUAACAAUCACACUCAUCUAGAAAAUCAACAUUACCCAGAAA